GUUGGGUGCCGGUGUGGAGGUGUGAGCUUUCCGCUAUCUGCUGCUGUCUGCCAUCUUACCAGUGUUUCUUUGUGACUGUUACGUAAUCGUUCCAUUGUUUGUAAUAGUAAGUCACAUGUAUGUUGACCCCAAGAUAACAUGAAACAAAGUCCUUUGAAGUAGUACGCCUUCAUGUUAAAUGCACUUCCAUAUCCCGUGCACAUUUUAUAAUCAUGUCUGCUGAGUGUGUAUCCCCGGCUCUGUUCUUCUCCGCCCUGCUGUGUGUGUUGGUUGUUCCGCCCGGGGUACUGACCACCCCCCUGGACGACUACGUCAACAAGCCGGACCCGCACUACUCCUACCACGAGGUGUUGGAAUGGCGUCUGAAGGGUCCCGGCUACACCAUGUACCUCCUCAACAUGACAUCACAACAGUGGCUCACAGAGAAGGACGUCAACCGUCCGAUCUGGUGGCACUUCCUAACCGUGGUCAUCCCAGACAACAUCACCUAUCCUGACGCUGGGUUUUUGUUCAUAGACGGAGAUAACAAUGAUCACCCAGAAAGCCUUCCUUCUCAUGGUGACAACUUUGUCUCUCUUGUCAACAUGUUUGCAGUAGGAACAGGAAGCGUUGCUGCAAAUUUGAAGCAGGUACCGAACGGACAUCUGGUGUUCAAGAAAGAUCCACUCCAAAAGCGGUUGUCAGAAGACGCUCUUAUCGCGUACACGUGGAGACAUUUCUUAGACAACCCAGAGGACCCGGAAUUCAUCGUCAACAUGCCGAUGGCAAAGGCGUCUGUGCGGGCAAUGGACGCUGUGCAGGAUUUUGUGAAGAACAUGACCGGGACACAACCGGACAAAUUCAUGGUGGGAGGGGCUUCAAAGCGUGGUUGGACUACAUGGGCUACUGCUGCGGUAGACAAGAGAGUUUUUGCCAUAACGCCCAUCGUUUUCGACUUGCUAAAUGUACAGAAGACACUUCACCACUACUACAGAGUGUUGGGCGGCUGGUCCUUCGCCUUUAAAGACUACUACUUCUACAACCUCAGUGCCAGUCUUGACGAUCCAAAUUACGAGAAACUGCGGACCGUUAUAGACAUACUUGAGUAUAAGGAUCGUCUGACGAUGCCCAAGUACCAUAUCGGAACAGGAGGUGACGAGUUCUUCAUGCCAGAUGAUUCUUACUUCUACUGGGACCAGCUGGAAGGAGAAAAAUACAAACGAUUGAUACCGAAUGCAGACCACCUUUGUGUAGGCCAUGAGAUCAGUAUUUUGUUUGGAAUGCGGUCUUUUUUCCUCAGUCUUAUGGAGGACUCUCCCCGACCAAAACUUACCUGGACACGAGAAACGGGUCCGAGAAGCGGAAGGAUAACUCUGCAGACUGACAUGGAACCUGUGAUCAUCCGUUCUUUCCACGCUCGAACGCCUGAUGCAGUAAGACGUGACUUCCGUUUCGUGAAGGAACUCCCUGAUCACCAGUACGCGCCACACCCUGUGGUCUGGCUGCCAGAGGACGUACAAGAUAUGGGAAACGGGACGUACGUUGCAGAGUUCGACAUCCCCCCUUUUGGUUGGCUGGCAUUCUUUAUCCAGGCCACGUUCCCGGCUCCCCAUGGAACUGCUCUGGAGUUCACCACCGAGGUGCACAUCAUCCCGGAAACAUUCCCCUUCCCAGACUGCACCGGGGCCGCCUGCGAGGGGGACUCUUGUUUAAACGAGUCUGUCGAACAACCGCUGUUAGGUCUCUAACCUAAUAGUUUAAUCUAAUCCAAAAUCAUAUCCAGUUGCUAAAGAAAUAGUUUUUGGCAUAUCUUAUUACCUGGAUGUCUAUGUAGCUAAGCUUCACCGACGUUCAAUCGAGUGUUUAGAAAACAAGGCGGUGGAAUAUUAUGAAACAGGGCCUUACCUGGCUUGUGUAGUUGCUUAUAGCCGAUGGUUGCAAUAAUUAAUUGGCUGAAACUAAAUUAGGAGGUAUACUUUUUGUUAUACAAAGAGUACUGUAAAGUUUGUAUUUUCAACCUAAGCGAGAUUGACAUUAACAAUAUAGGAAAAUCUGUGACAGCUAUUACUGAAUGAUCAGAAGAAUUCUUUUCGUAGUCAUUCUGGUAUCUGAGAGUUGUCAUAUAAAUAUGUUAAAGUUAAAACCUAUGGUUGUAUAUCAUGACCCAAAGCCGCAUAUUAGUCAUAUCAGAUUUAUUGUCCAUACCGUACUAUUAUAGUACACUGUCUUUUCUGACCAAUCCAUGUCGUGUAGCUGUGAAUUUUUAAUCCAUGAUCUUAUUUUGAAAUCGACAUAAUUUAGUCCUUGAUAGAAAUCCGACAAUACAUCGCAAAAACAACACAAUACGUCACAAACCUGAUUUCACAAUUAUAUCUAAUAUAACGUUACAUCUUAACUAUUUUUUUGUUUUGUUGCUUUUUCGUUUAACUGAAAUCGACGUAUGGCUUGGGCAAACUGAUGAGCAUAAGCCUUGUAGAAUGAUCAAAUUAACAACGUUGAAGCUCCAUCUUGCGGCGUCUUAUACAAUUACAAGAGCUCCGUUCCGAAUGUACCAUGUAUCAAGGACCGCAAUAAUAAUUAAAAAAUAUCGGUGGUACUGACCUAUCAUAUUUGUACAAAGAUUAGCUUUAUUUUUUACUACACAUAAUUUUAUGUAUACAUAAAUAUGCACGUACAUGUACAUGUACACGUGCACGCCAAUCGUCCAGGUACUAGUAUCUGAAACACAUUAACAUUUCGGGUACAUCAAUCUGUUCAAACUGAUACUAUAUACAUACCAUAUGCACAAAUCAACUUCACACAACCGCUAAAUUCAUAGUGAAAUACAGCUAACUUGGCCUUGAGUAAGCUUAUCAUGUGGCACAUUACAACUCAUCAUCUAAACGACAAAGCUUACAAUUCAGAUAACAGCACGGAACAAUUAACUAAAUCUACCUGAUGACAUUAUAAGCUACCACAAAGUACGGAAUGUCAGUGUUCUU